AUGGCCCGCAACUCCGGAUUCGCCACCCAGACCACGCCCUGGAACCGCCCAUCGUCGUACUUCAACUCGCCUCUGACCACCUCUAGCGUGCGGUAUCACAGCUCCCAGGCGACCCAGAACCGCUACCAGGUCACUCCUCUGCUGUCCCAGCUGCCGCGACCCAAACGCCGACUUCUCGUCAACCCGGUGCCGUCUCUGAAGCGCGGCCUGUGCUACAUCAACUCGUCCAAGCGACGAACAGCUUCCGGCAAGCUGCUCACUGGAGCUCGAAAGGUCGGCACAGGCUUCCGAGUCACCCGGCGAUACGCCUCCAGCGGCACCCGAGGCUCCGCCAAGGCCCUCAUGAGCAUGUCGCAGCGAAAGUACUUCACCUGGUGGUUCGUUCCUGCAAUCUCAAUCGUGCUGUGGGGUAUCUACCAGAGCCGACGCAACAGCGUCAAGGACGAGUACGACGAGGAAGGAAACCUCGUCAAGCGAGCCCCCGUCCGACCCUCAGGACCCUGGCACGUGGCCGUCUACUCUACCCUGCCUCUCAAGGCUCUGUCCCGAUGGUGGGGUAGCUUCAAUGACAUUACUCUCCCCGUAUGGAUGAGAGACCCUGGCUACAGAUUCUACUCGUUUGUGUUUGGCGCCAACUUGGAUGAGGUCGCCGAAGACGACCUGCGGGUCUACCAGAAUCUAGGAGAGUUCUUCUACCGAGAACUCAAGGAAGGUGCCCGGCCUAUCGAUCCCGAUGCAGACAUUGUUUGUCCGGCCGAUGGAAAGGUACUCCAUCUGGGAGCUAUCAACGCGCGUGGAGAAGUGGAGCAGGUCAAGGGAGUGACAUACUCCCUGGAGGCCCUUCUGGGUCCCCCCACCCCAUCCAAGGAUGGGGAAAAGUCCCAUGCUGUCUCUCUGGCUGCCCCCACCUCGGAGAUUGAGUUCCCAGAUAACAAGGAGGAGAACAAGGACCGUGAGUUUGCUAACGUCAAUGGUAUUUCUUACACUCUGGACGACUUCAUGGGUGGCAACGCAUCUUCCGAUACCACUUUCAAGCAGGAGGGAGAUGCUACUACUACUGCUGAGCCUUCUGACAACGCCACGGUCGCCCAGGUCGGCAAGGAUCUUCUGCAGGCCAAGUUCAACAAGUCCGACGACAAGGAGCUCUUCUUCGCCGUCAUCUACCUGGCUCCCGGUGACUACCAUCGAUUUCACUCGCCCGUGAACUGGGUGGCUGAGAUUCGACGGCAUUUUGUCGGCGAGUUGUACUCAGUGGCUCCCUACUUCCAGAAGAAGCUGGGCAACCUGUUUGUUCUGAACGAGCGGGUGGCUCUGCUUGGAAAGUGGAAGUACGGCUUCUUUAGCAUGACUCCCGUCGGUGCCACCAAUGUGGGUUCCAUCAAGAUCCACUUUGACAAGGAUCUUCGAACCAACACUGUAUACGAGCCCAAGACCGAGUCCGAGGCUGCAGAGCAGGAGAAAAUCAAAAAGAAGCGAAUGCAGAAGAACACCUGCUACGAGGCUACCUACGGCAAGGCCUCCAAGCUUCUGGGUGGAUAUCCUCUUGGUAAGGGUGACCAGAUGGGCGGUUUCAACCUCGGUUCCACCGUGGUACUGGUGUUUGAGGCCCCCACCAACUUCAAGUUCACCAUCCAGCCUGGCCAAGUUGUGCGAGUUGGCCAGCGAAUCGGCGAGAUUGGUGGAAAGUAA